AUGGAGGACAAAAAGAACACGUACUUUGCAUCUUUCACCGAAAGAGUCGGUGAAAAUAUUAUUGAGGAAAUGAGGAAAACCACACAAGAGGAAGAGCAAAAUAUUCGGGCAAGCUACGCGGAGUCCACAAUCGAAUAUAUAACAUCUAAUGAUUUCGUGGACCUUAUUCUUCGUGAUUCAAUUUUCAUCAUGGAGUUCAGUAUCAAACUUCAAGAAUUUCGUGGAAGUUCAGAUGACCUGAUUGUCGGCCGCCAAAUUUACACUUCAAUAGUGAUAGCAGAUCUCAUCAUGCUCGAGAACCAACUUCCCUAUUUCAUUUUUGAUAAAUUGUUUGGUCCCUAUUCGAUGGCAUUCUGUGCAUUUGAGACGCCUGACCGACUCAUCCUGGAAUUAUUUUCCUUGCACACGAAAAUUAAAACAACUACAAAAUUCAACCAUUUCACAGACAUGUUCCGAUGUGUUUAUGAGGAAUCGCUUGACCAAUCUCUACAGCUAAACGACUCGAGUAUGCCAGCUAUCAGGGAGAUGAAGAACGCCGAUAGCCUAUCCCGUGUAGGAGUGGAAUUCAAGGUAAACUGA